UCCUAAAGUCAGUUCCUCAGUGACAAUGAAAGUCUUCGUGUGCUUUUUCGCUCUUUUCGUCGCGGCUGCUCUUGGUGAGCCUUGUCCUUCGGUCUGCCCAGCGAUUUACAAUCCCGUUUGCUGCACCUAUCAAGACAGAACUUACAGAACCUUCAGCAACGGCUGCGCUUCUUCAGCCUACAAUUGCCCGAGAGAAAUCUCUUGUGCUUCUCAGUCGGAAGCAGGCGUGGAAUGUCAGGAUGUAGACAUUGGACAGUGCGAAGGCAGGAUGUGCCCCAUGGUCAUCGAUCCCGUUUGCUGCACUUACGCCGAUAAUUCUCCUUCGACAACUUAUAGCAACAUUUGCAUGGCAGAAGUCGCUCUGAAGUGUGACAAUGCGGCCCGUUGUCAUGAUUUGACGAAAGGCGAGUGCGCUGAGUGAACACAAGUUCAACGCCAAUCUCGCGUCAGCAUUAAAAUCUUAACUGAAUCUUGGGAAUUUCGUGACUUGACAUCGAUAUGAAAUAAAAACAGUCAUAAAAAAUAC